AGAGCAACGGGAGUCAAUAUCACAGAAAAUGGGGCAGUCUGUGAAAGUCCAUUUGUAAAUUAAUACAUAACCCUGCCCACGAUAUACACCUUUACCAAACGAUGUUGUACAGUCACUACAUAAAACUUUUAAACCCAAAAUAAUUGCAUGAGUAAGGGACUGGUUUUAUAUUUAAAUAUCCCACGAACACUUAAUCAAUUUAAUUACAGGAACUCUAAUAACUUCGACGCGAAUCUUUUACGCCUCAAUUAUAAUCAGCAAGAGGAGAAGCGGUUACCGGUGGAGAACAGGUUAAAUUCAUAAUAUAUAUGCAAGGUGUUUAAUAUAAUAAAAACAGGAAGCGGUGUGACCCUUGGGCCUUUUCAGUCUGACGACAGAAUGAGGCUGGGUUUUUCCUUUUUGCUGAUUCUACCCUGGCUACACCUGGCCACCGGAUCCUUACUGAUUGCUGCCUUCAACAUCAAAACCUUUGGAGACAAAAAGGCAUCCAACAGCACUCUGGUUGAUAUCAUUGUGAAAAUAGUCCACAGGUAUGACGUCAUACUUAUUCAGGAGGUGAGAGACAGUGACUUGACAGCCACGCGUAAACUGAUGGAGAGUGUUAACAGUGGCAUCUCACCGUUUCACUAUGAAUACAUAGCCAGUGAGCCACUUGGCAGAGACACCUACAAGGAACGAUACCUUUUCAUAUACAGAGAUGACAUGGUCUCCGUCGUCGAGAGCUUCCUGUACGACGGCGGCUGUGAAGCUUGCGGCACAGACACGUUUAGCCGCGAGCCCUUUGUCGUCAUGUUUUCAUCCAAACGUUCUGGUGUGCCGGACUUCGCACUCAUCCCCCAGCACACCUCCCCAGAUUCCGCCGUGAAGGAAAUCGACGCCCUUUACGACGUCGUUGACGAGACGAGGAGCUUCUUGGGCACAGAUAAUAUACUGCUUUUAGGAGACUUCAAUGCUGGUUGUAACUACGUCCUUGAAUCGGACUGGGAGCAGAUCCGACUUCACACAGACCGAAGCUAUCAUUGGCUGAUCCCCAACAGUGCAGACACCACGGUGACGAACACAGAGUGCCCAUAUGACCGAAUUGUCGCCACGGCAACAAUGAUGCAGUACGUGGUUCCGGGGUCUGCGGCCAUUUAUGACUUCAUGACGGCACUGAAACUGAGCCAAAGCCUGGCUCUGGCUGUCAGUGACCACUUUCCCGUCGAAGUGCAGCUCAAGGGAGCUUGAGGAAUUCCAUGAACCUCAACCCCAGAAGUGAUCGAAUUAAAGAAUGAAGCCAAGGAAAUCCAAAGCCUGUGUGCUUCAAGGCGUGACAAUAAGAGAACCUAACACUGCCUCCUUUAAAUAAAAGACAAAGCAAAAGUA